UAAACUGGCAUUGACUAGUUGUCUUCGUGUCUUCACGGUCAGAUGCUCUCAAUACUUAGUUAAACUUAUCACGUAUUACAAACUUCAUAGUAGUUAGUGUUUUAUUGGGCAGUGCAGUGUUGUGUUGGCUGAGAAAACCGUGUUAUCAGUGCUUGUUUUUUAAAAGAUCAGAAAGAUAAUUUGAAGAUGUUCAAGACUUUGUUUUUCGUGGCCACGGCCGUCGUUGUGGCGUCAGCUGCCGCUGUUGACCAGGAGGUGACUCGCGCCAUCGUCCGUCUUGACGGCGACGGCGUCACCGGCGCCAUCACGUUCACGAAGCAAGAAGACGGCAACGUGCGGAUUACCGGCACCGUGUCCGGCAUGGCUCCCGGCCUAUACGGCUUCCACGUCCACGAGACCGGAGACAUCACGAAGGGCUGCGGGUCUACUGGUGGACAUUUCAACCCUAAUGGCAAUGACCACGGCCAUCCUCAUGACGAGAACCGUCACGUAGGAGAUCUCGGCAACAUUGAGUUUGACGGAUCCAGGACUGCCAAUGUAGACUUUGUGGACCACCAGAUCAAGUUGAGCGGCCGUCACAACAUCCUCGGCAGGGGUCUGGUCUUGCACGCCGGCACUGAUGACUUCGGCAGGACUGAUCACCCUGACUCCAAGAAGACUGGAAACGCUGGAGCCCGUGCUGCCUGCGGAGUUAUUGGAAUCCUGAAUGAAUCUGCCAUGAAGACCAGUGCCGCGUCUUCAGCUACCAGCAACAUAUUCAUAGCUUUAUCAAUGUAUUCAUUAAUUGCAGUACUUUUAAAUUAAAUAUCAAAAGAUUUGUACUUAAUUACUAAGAAUUAAGUUUGCUAUUUAUUAAAGGUACUGACAUCGUUUAAGUUCUUAUAUUUAAAUGGUUGUGUACUUAUGUAAGUUUUAUUUAUAUUAUACUGUAUCAAAUAAAGUAAUAUAAUGAUAAUAUUUUUAAA